GCUGAUUGAAACGCUAUUUACCUCGCACCACCGCCACUUCACAUCCGUUACAUAAGGAAACAAAUAUCUGGUUAUUUUGUUAUGACAUAUUGUUUGGCAGAAUAAACACGGUGUAGUGAAUAUUUUCCAAAAUUGCGUUACCCACUCCAGUCAGCAGAUGGCGAUGUGAGUCUUUCAAGUAAUUUUUCUUGCGUGACGUAUAAUCUAGUGGACGGAGCGGGAAGCCUUUUCAACAGCAAGACGGACUCGUUAGCUUGCUAGCAAACAUACAAACCAAAACAUCGGAGCUCUUUUCACCAUUUUGUGUAUAUUAGGGUUUUAAGCACACAGUCUGUCUGCUUACUAGUUAUUAAAUGUCAAAAAUAUGUUGUUAGCUAACGUGUUAAGAUAGCCUAGCACUACGUUAGUCGCUAAUGCUAAUUAACUAGCUAGCCAACUAACAUCCACCACCAUGAGCUCAAUAAGCUACUCGACCCCUAUUAAAGAAGAGGUCUGCUGGUCGGAAAAAGAGGCUCUGGGGCUGAACAUUAUCAUGAAAGAGGAAGAGGAGGAUGAUAUCACCGUGAAAGGCGAGGAUCCGGAGAUGACUGUCACAGGGAAAGGGGAGGAAGAAGCUGUGUUAGUGAAGGAGGAAGAGGAGGGGGAGAUGACUGUCACAGUGAAAGGGGAGGAAGAAGCUGUGUUAGUGAAGGAGGAAGAGGAGGGGGAGAUGACUGUCACAUGGAAAGGGGAGGAAGAAGCUGUGUUGGUGAAGGAGGAAGAGGACGUUUUUAGAGUGAAAGAGGAGGAAGAAAAGGAAGAUAUGACUGUCACGGUGAAAGAGGAGGAGGAGACUGGAGAUCUGAUUAACACCAGAGAGAGACACGACUAUCGUGGAUCCUCUGGGGAGCCUCAACAACAUCCUGAUGCUGACGAGGAAGAGAAGAGUCUCUCCAGAUCAGAACACCAGAUGGACAACGCUAGCCCUUCCUCCCUCCCGGAGUCCCCGUGUCGUGCCUCUCCCAGUAGCACCUUACUGCUGGGUAUGAAGAGGUUGUCUGUGCUGCUGGUGGACUGCAGGAAAACAACGGGGCUGAGUGGAACUGUGAGAGGAGGAGAAGAGAAGAAAGGAUCAGAUUUGACUCAUCAAAGAGAGAGGCCAGACUCUCGCUCUGACACUAGGAAGAGUCCUACGGGGGAAUCGGCCCCAGUGACAUCCAAACCAGCAAGACCCCACCACUGUUCCCAGUGUGGAAAGAGAUUUAUCCGGUUAGGGCACCUGAAACAACAUAAGAGAACACAUACAGGGGAGAAGCCUUAUCACUGCUCCCAGUGUGGAAAGGGUUUUGGACAGUCAGGUGAUCUAAAAGUGCAUGAAAGAAUACACACUGGACAGAAGCCGUAUCAAUGCUCACAGUGUGAAAAUAAAUUUUUCUCAUCAGGGGACCUGAAAUCACAUGAGAAAACACACUUAGUAGAGAGGCCUUUCCAAUGCUCUCAGUGUGGAAAGGGAUUUAUCCAGUCAUCGCAUCUGAAAGAGCAUGAAAGAAUACACACAGGAGAGAAGCCAUUCCAAUGCUCCCAGUGUGGAAAGAGUUUUACCCAGAGAGGGAAGCUGACAAAUCAUGAAAGAAGACAUACAGGUGAGAAGCCUCAUCGCUGCUCUCAGUGUGGAAAGGGUUUUGGACAGUCAGGGCAUUUAAAAGUGCAUGAAAGAACACACACUGGAGAGAAGCCAUAUCAAUGCUCCCAGUGUGAAAAGAAAUUUUUGUCAUCAGGGUACCUGAAAUCACAUGAGAAAACACACUUAGUAGAGAGGCCUUUCCAAUGCUCUCAGUGUGGAAAGGGAUUUAUCCAGUCAUCGCAUCUGAAAGACCAUGAAAGAAUACACACAGGAGAGAAGCCAUUCCAAUGCUCCCAGUGUGGAAAGAGUUUUACCCAGAGAGGGAAGCUGAAAGAUCAUGAAAGAACACAUACAGGGGAGAAGCCUCAUCACUGCUCUCAGUGUGGAAAGAGUUUUGGACAGUCAGGGCAUUUAAAAGUGCAUGAAAGAACACACACUGGAGAGAAACCGUAUCAAUGCUCUAAGUGUGAAAAUAAAUUUUUCUCCUCAGGGGAUCUGAAAUCACAUGAGAGAACACACUUAGUAGAGAGGCCUUUCCAAUGCUCUCAGUGUGGAAAGGGAUAUAUUCACUCAUGGCAUCUGAAAGAGCAUAUGAGAAUACACACGAGAACAACCAUUCCAGUGCUCUGUGUGGAAAGGGGUUUAACUGGGUAGUGAGCCUGAAAACGCAUAAAAUGACACACUCAGGAGAGAAGCCUGAGCCUCUGUUCCCAGUGUGGAAAGGGUUUUGUGCAGUUAGUGCACCUAAAAACACACGAGAGGACACACACAUGAGUGUAGCCUCACCUUUGCUUCCCAGUGUAGAAAGGGGUUUUCUUCAGUUAAGGGGCCUGAAAGAAAAUGAGAAACGCACACGGGGGUAGAAGACGUCUUUGGAGCAGGGCUUCAUUC